UCAAAGAGAGAGAGAGAGGGGGCAGGGAGUGUCGGAGCAGGAGAGAAUAGAGCACAGCUCUUGAACGGGACUAAAAGAAAAUUAGAAACUUUAUAGGAAGUUUAUCCUCAUGUCUGAGAGCAAGGCUUUGCCGUAUAAGUUUUAAUUUUCAAAUUGACUGUAGAAGUCCUUGGAACAGAAUGGAGCCAAGAGUUAGGUGGGACAACUGAAGGACCUCAAUGGAGGGCAAAGAGAUGUGCACAUUUUGACAGGGAACGGGGCAAGUAGUGUGUAAGGAAAUGGUGAAAGUAGACACUGGUGUAUUCACUGUCACUUUUCAGAGAAUGAGAGGCCCACAGAGAAAGGUAAGGGAGGUGUGCAGACAGAAUGCUAUCUGUUAACACCAUGACUGGUGGGUGUGCUCUGCAGCUCUGCGAGAAUGCCGACAGCUUUGAUUACCAUCCAGUAAACAGGUUCCAGUGCUGUGUGUUGAAAGCCGGAGAAGAUCCAUCUGUGUCCUUCAGAAACUCAAGCCAGUACAAGGCCCCUCUCUCCCCCUUGGAUAAUCUGAGUGACUCUCUGGGGUGUGCCAGUAUGCCUGCCAACAAGAAGGGUCCAGGCACGGGCUGUCAAGCCAGCAAGAAUACCCCAACGGGAGGCACCUGCCUCCCCAAAACUCUGGCUGGUGUAAACAGCAUUCAGGAGAAGAUCUCUCAGUGGGAGGGCAAAAAGAAUCCCAUUCCAGUGUCCCGUGUGACAGACCAAUCAAUGAAGGAACUGGACAUGGCGAGUAAGAAGGACCUUCAAACAAUUGAGGAGAAAAGGGGGCAAAGCAAGAGGUCUGUCAGCUGGAACCAGCAGGACUCUGGGAAGGAGAAUGCUGGGAAGAUGGGGAAUUUGAAACCUAAAUCCCUUGAGCGUUCAGUUGGGGGGAGGGAGCAGAUGUUGGAAAAAGGAAACUCUGGGAAACCAGCUGAGACCCUAUGGGAGAGGCCAGCUGCAACUCACAUGAAGAAGCUUGAUCAAACUCUUAAAGAGGGUCCGAGUGACCCCCCGGUUAGGCUUCCUGGAAGCCACUUCUGUCCAUACUCUAAAGAGGCGCCAACCAAGGUUGAAAGGGAAACAUCAGAGUCCAUUGUUGGGUCGCUCGACAGGGUACGUCCCCACGGAAUUCAGCUAAGUCAGAGCCUGGUGAACUCAUUGAAUGAGCCAUCAUCCAUCAAUCCCCUGCCCAAACCUCAGCGCACCUUCCAACACCCCACAAUGAGGGGGUGCUCACGUUCAGCACAAAGGAAUCUCCCCCCCCUGCCCUCCAUCCCCCCUCCACCUUUGCUCAGUUGUCCAAACCUAGGAGUCAAGUCCCAGUCUGACCAAAAGAGGGACACAAUCUGCAGGAAGUCCAAGGAGUUAGAGGAGCUGCUGCAAUGCACGUCCCCAGACUCCCCGCUGGACUGGUAUGGCUCAGCAAGGCUGUCCCCCACCAACACUCUGUCACAGGAGAACAUCUAUGAGGACAUCCUUGACCCCCCAGUAAAGGAGAACCCGUAUGAAGACAUUGAAGUGAAUGGUCCCUGCCCCAGGUCUCUCUCUCCCUCAUCAGUUGCCCCCGGCACCUCCACAAAGAUUACCUCUAGGCCAGGGCUGUUCAGGGAAAACUCAGACAGGCGAACUAAUAGGUUCCAAGACCUGUGCAGACCCAGCCCCCCCUCUACUCCCAGCAGCCCUGAAAACACCCCCCGUCUGUCGGGUGACCUGUACAAUCGCCGAUGGAGGAGAACCCCCAAGAUGGUCCAGAAGAUCAACAGCAUCUUUGAAGCCCGGAGGGGGAAAAAGCGUGUGAAGAGGUUCUCGCAGACUGCUGAGUCCAGCCUGGGAAGAGUAACAGAUGACAACAGCGAGACUGACAGCGAUAUAGAAGAGAAGCUAAAAGCAGCUGAAAGCUUGCGUCUGGUGUCCGGCCGAUCCAAGCUGAGACAAGCAAGUCAUCAGCGCUCCGUUGAGUGGGACACAGUGGACCCGGCAGAACGGAAGCUCUUUGAGUACUUCCUUGUGGUAGCGCUGCAGAGGGCCAAGGUUGGAGUGUCCUAUCUGCCAGAAGUCACACAGCAGUUUCCCCUCAAGUUUGAGAGGAGCUUCAAGUUCAUCCGGGAGGCAGAGGACCAGGUGAAGGUCAUCCCCCAGUUCUGCUUCCCUGAUGCGAAGGACUGGGUUCCUGUCGACACCUUCCCUAGUGAAACUUUUUCCUUUGUCCUGACCGACGAAGACGGGAGCAGACGGUUUGGAUAUUGCCGCCGCUUGCUGCCCAGCGGUAAGGGGCGGCGUCUCCCUGAGGUGUACUGCAUGGUGAGCCGGUUGGGUUGCUUUGACCUCUUCUCCAAGAUCCUGGAUGAGGUGGAACGAAGGCGGGCUCUCUCUCCCGCGCUGGUGCAGCCUUUCAUGAGGGGCAUCUUAGAGGCCCCUUUCCCUGCCCCCGGCAAGACCAUCACCAUUAAGAGCUUCAUGCCCGGCUUCGGAACUGAGGUGAUGCAGCUCUGUCGACCCUCUGACUCACGCCUGGAACAUGUGGACUUCGAGUGCCUGUUCUCCUGUCUGAGUGUCCGCCUCCUCCUGCGUGUCUUUGCCUCCCUGCUCCUGGAGCGUAGGGUCAUCUUCACUGCUGACAGACUGAGUACCCUCUCUCAGUGCUGCCAUGCAGUGGUGGCCCUGCUCUACCCUUUUGCCUGGCAACAUACCUACAUCCCCGUGCUGCCUGCCUCCAUGCUGGACAUUGUCUGCAGUCCCACCCCCUACAUCGUGGGCCUGCUGUCCAGCUCACUGCCCAGGCUGAAGGAGCUGCCCAUUGAAGAGGUCUUGGUGGUCGACCUGGGCAGUGGUCGCUUCCUCAGACAGCUGGGCGACGAGGACGCUAUCCUGCCGCACAAGCUGCAGGCUGCGCUGGAGCACAUCCUGGAGAAAAGGGUGGAACUGGCCCAGGAGAAGGCAGAGCUGCUGAAAGACUCUGGCUCUCUGAGCGCCGUCGUGUCCGAAGCCUUUGUACGCUUCUUUGUGGAGAUGGUGGGCCACUACCCGCUCUUCAUGGGCACCUUUGAGCGGGAAGAGGAUUCCUUCUCCUCCACCUCCUCCUCCUGCUCCCCAACUCCCGCCAGCUUCCAGAGCGAGGCCUUCCACAAGGCUGUGUGCUCCCGGAGCCUGCGCCGCUUCCUGGAGGUCUUCAUGGAGACGCAGAUGUUUGCUGGCUUCAUCCAGGAGAGGGAGAUGCGCAGGCAUGCCCUCAGAGGUCUAUUUGAAACCAGAACUCAGGAAUACCUGGAUUCUCUUCCCUGGACUGAGCACCGCGGAGUCAACAAGUUCCUCAAGGGCCUCGGAAAUAAAAUGAAAUUUCUCUCCAAAAAAUGAGGACCAAUAAAGGAUGGAAGGAUGGAAAUGACAUCGAUCAGAGGAUGACUGCUAGGCUGCAGAUUUGACCAGCUCAGUGAUACUUCAACAUCCACAAGUGGCCAUAUGGUCAAAAUGUGUGUAUUAUAAUGUUGUAAAUAUUUGUGGAAAAUUUUCUGUUACUGUAUGAAUGCACAUCACAGUCAGAUUGUUUAUGUAUUAUCUAGAAUGUUCAAAAAUUUUUUUGUUUUUCAUCGCAGGAAGCUCGUGUUAGACAUUGUGUGUGCACUUGACUUUGAGUGUGAUUAGAGUAAGGAGAUAAAUUUAUUUUGCAUUUUUUAAUAAUAGUUUGGCCAUUUCCACCAUCCUGGCACCUGAUUUAGCCCAAAGUGAGACACAGGGACAAAUGCAGACAGUGCUCAUGGAGACAGAGGAUGCUAGCGGGACCACAGGAGCAUGGACUGAUGUUUUUUUCUCAGGUCAUGUAUUCUGGCUAGAGCCUCAUUGGAACUGUCCACAUGAGGGGUGUUCAAAUGUCCACAUUAAGGGGUCUCCAAAUGUCCAUGCGAGGAGCGUUCAAAUGUCUACAUGAGGGCUGUCCAAAUAUCCAUGAGGGGUGUCCAGCUGUGCUCAGACACACAGCUGCGAGAUUCAUACCCGGCUCCAUGUGUCUCAUCUUGGGCUAAAGCAACUUCCGUGAUGGACAGGACACCCAUCUCCAUGGAAACCAGUCAGAACAGAAGAGGAAAAAUUGUAUACUUUGUGUGUAAACAGGCACCUUUGACUCUGAAUUGUAACAUUUUAAUAAGUGUGUUUUCCUGUGUUUGAAAGUUCUGUUUACAGCUUCAUUUUAAUCAGUGUGAAUUUGUUACAUCUAUAUUGUUCACAAAAUUAUCCGUUCACUUAAAAAAGUUAGCUGAAGGUGUAUUGGAUCCAGCGUGGCCAGUGAAAUUUGACGACGAGCAAUGGUAAAACAGUUAAACUUUCAAAGAAAUGGAUUUAAACUACAUAUAUGUACAUUACAUGUAUAUUCUUAUUAAUAUACAGAAUAAGCUCUCCUCACAGGAAUUUGAACCAGAUUUCAAGAAUGUACACAGACAAAUGUAAUGCAGUGUAAAUUUGACAAGCAAUAAAAAAUAAA